CCUGACGUCCAUGAGAUGUUCGUCUACUUCGAUCAGACAUACUUCAACGGGAUGCUGCAGAGAAAUGCUGUGAUGGUCGAGUGGAGUCGGCGGAUGACCCUGUGCGCUGGACAGUGCUCCUACCGGGGAAGAGAAUCGCUCUGUAGGAUAGCUCUGUCAGAGCCUCUUCUCAAGUACAGGACGAGCAAAGAAGUGAAAGAAACACUCUUGCACGAGAUGAUCCAUGCAUGGCAGUUCGUUACCGACGGAAACCGCGACAGGGAGGACCAUGGCCCGAAGUUUCUCGGGAAGAUGGAAGAGAUCAACGGAGGGGCGAAGCGCGACAUGCCGCAGGCUGGAUACGCAGUCGCUGUCUACCACACCUUCCACCAGGAGGUGAACUUUCACCGGCAGCACUGGUGGCAAUGCUUCUCGUGCGGCAAGCAGGUGAGAAGGUCGAUGAAUCGACCGCCGUCGGAGAAGGAC